GGGCGUGCACUUUCUGACGACAGGAAGUAAGUGACGAACGAAAUGGGGAUCCGAUGCACAGUAAUAAGUCAACUAUAAUGUGUGACAAAUACAAAACAUCCACCUCGCAAAGGUCUUCAGUGCCUUAAUAAUAUUGUGUUCUACGUGAGUAUGUUAAAUGUUGUCUUUUGUUGUUUUUGUCACCAAAGAGUUGGUCUGGCUGUCGCCUGCUAGCUUGAUUGUUGUGUUGUUAGCGCAGUGAUGCUAAAAGAAACAUUGAUUGAUGAUAUUAUUAGUACAAUUAUUAAAAUUUUAUCUACUUUCCUAAUAUGGAUAAAUGAUUUAACAGCAACAAGAUAAGAGAGGGCGUCCAGCUUGGCAGCUUGGACAGUAUAGCUGUGUGUGUGUGUGUGUGUGUGUGCGUGCGUGCGUGUGCGUGCGCGCGUGUGUGUGUGUGCGCGCGCGCGUGCGUCGCAGGUGAGACCAGCAGCGGGCAGACAGCUGCGUUGCGGAAGUCAUGGCGGCCAAGCCCGCCGCGGGUGUCAGAGAUGCGGCAGUGUGGCAGCAAACCCGAGUUCUCCUGUACAAGAACGUGCUCAUCAAGUGGAGGACCAAACAGCAGAGUUUGCAGGAAGUGCUCCUCCCGCUGCUCCUGCUGUCUCUGCUGAUCCUCAUCAGCAUGCAAAAUCCGCACGUCUCCUACGGCGGCGUCGGCACCGUGGAGCUGGAGAGGGACGACUACGUCUUCAAGGGCCUCGGCUACACGCCCGUCACCGACGUCACCAGCCGCAUCAUGGACGAGGUGGCCCGGGAGAUGCGUAAGGCGCGCACGCUCGGCCAUUCGCGUGCACACGUACAUGCAUACCUGCAUGACGGUUUGGAGAGGUUCAGCAGCGAGGAGGAUCUGGAGAACGCCAGCCUGUACGAGCCGUCCGGCUUCGUGGGCGUGGUGUUCGCCGACGCCUCGGCCACCUCGUACAGCCUCCGCUUCCCCUACGGCCAACUGCCCCCGCCCGGCGACUUCACCGAGUCCGUCGCCGACUGUCUGAGCGGCUCGGUCAACUGCCGAGCGGCCAACUACUGGUACUCGGGAUUCGUCCGCCUCCAGUCGCUAAUCGACGCCGCAAUCAUCCAGGUGCGGACCAAGCGCUCGGUGUGGAGCGAGAUGGACGUGAGUGUGGUGAUGAUGGGCCAGCCGGGCUCGGUGGAGGUGCAGAAGUUCCCCCACGCCCUCAUUUCCAUCUACCUGGUGCUGGCCUUCACGCCAUUCGUCACCUUCCUCAUCGUCAACGUGGCGGCCGAGAAGGAGCGCCGCAUCAAAGACACCAUGACCAUGAUGGGUCUCUACGACUCUGCAUUCUGGAUGUCGUGGGGCCUGCUGUACGCCGUCCUGGUGAGCGCCAUGUCCGUCCUGAUCUCUGUCAUCGCCACGUGCACGACCCUCUUCCCCGAUAGCAACUUCUUCGUCGUCUUCUCCCUCGUCUUCCUCUACGGGAUUUCUUCGAUCUUCUUCUCCUUCAUGCUGACGCCGUUAUUCAAGAAGCCAAAGCUUGCCAGCACGGUGGGCUCCAUGUUGACGGUGGUCUUCGGAUGCCUGUCGCUCCUCACAGUCCUGAUGAAGGAUUUCCCUCAGCCGCUGGUCUGGGUCCUCUGCCUGCUGUCCCCCACGGCCUUCUCCAUUGGCAUCGCACAGGUGGUGUACCUGGAGGCGCAAGGAGAUGGCGCUGUCUUCUCCUCCCUGGCUAGCGGACCUCACCCGCUCUAUGUGCCGCUGCUCAUGCUGCUUUUGGACUGCGUUCUGUAUCUACUGCUGGCCGUCUACUUGGACCAGGUGCUGCCAGGCGAGUUUGGGAUGAGGAGGUCCUUGCUGUACUUCCUGAAGCCGUCCUAUUGGUCCAAGCGCACCAAGCGCUACAUGGAAGUGAGCUCGGUGUACGACGCCGAGGUGAACGGCGCUCAUGCCGGCGCGGAGUCGGUGGAGCCGGUUUCGCCCGAGUUCCGAGGCAGAGAGGCCAUCCGCAUCAACAACAUCAGCAAGGCGUACAAAGACAAGGACAACAACACCGUGGAGGCGCUCAGAGGUCUGACCUUUGACAUUUACGAGGGCCAGAUCACGGCUCUGCUGGGCCACAGCGGCGCCGGUAAGUCCACUCUGAUGAACGUCCUGUGCGGCAUCUGCCCCCCCACCGCCGGCUCGGCCUCCGUUUACGGCUCCCCGGUGGGCGAGAUCGCCGACGGGCCCGAGAUGAAGCGACUGGUGGGCGUCUGCCCGCAGUUCAACAUCAUCUUCGACGUCCUCACCGUGGAGGAGCACCUCAGGAUCUUCGCCGCCAUUAAAAGGAUCCCGUCGGCAGACGUAGACACUGAGGUGUCCAAAGUGCUGAAGGAUCUGGACUUGAAGAAGAUCAUGACGGCUCAGGCCAAGAAUCUGAGUGGAGGCCAGAAGAGGAAGCUGGCAGUGGGCAUUGCCAUCCUGGGAGACCCCAAGAUCCUGCUCCUGGACGAGCCCACGGCGGGCAUGGACCCUUACUCCCGACAUCAGGUGUGGUCGCUCCUGAAGAGUCGCAGGGCCGGCCGAGUGCUGCUCCUCAGCACGCACUACAUGGACGAGGCCGACAUCCUCGCCGAUCGCAAAGCGGUGAUCUCCCAAGGCCGGCUCAAAUGCGUGGGCUCGUCCAUGUACCUCAAGACCAAAUGCGGCGUGGGCUAUCAUCUCAGGAUGUCCGUCAGCGAACGCUGCGAUUGUCAGAAAAUCUACUCGCUGGUCCAGCAGCACGUUCCCAAGGCCAAGCUGACUCGGCAGCAGGAGGCGGAGCUAACCUUCACGCUGCCUUUCGAGAGCAGGGACAGGUUUGCAGGUUUGUUCUCGGAGCUCGACUCUCGACCCGACCUGGGCCUGGUCAACUAUGGCGUUUCCAUGACGACGCUGGAAGACGUCUUUCUGCGUCUCGAGGCGGAGGCUGAAGUGGACCAAUCAGACUACAGCGUGUUCCACCGGGAGCCGGCAGAGGACGAGAGUGACACCGCGGCGGCCGGUGGCAACGGCGGCGGCUGCUAUGAUGAUGACGCGGACCGGCGGCUGCUGACCUUCUCGGACAAGUCUGAGGUGGCGCGAGGCGGAGCCCUGUGGCGCCAGCAGUUCAGCUCGCUGGCCCGGCUCCACUUGCUCAACUUGUGGCGCGAGAGGAAGGCCUUCAUUUACGUUGCGGCCUUGGUGCUGGUGUUUGUAGCCGCCUUGCUCGUCCUGUCUGUGACCACCGGGAACAUCCAGAUUCGCUCACCAGGACGCCAGUUCCUGCCCAUCUACCUCCUCGGCAGGAACCAGCCGCCUCGCAGAUACGCCACCAGCCUCCUGGUUCUCAACUCUACAGGUUCGGAUAUUUCCGACUUCAUCCGUAACCUGGAGGGGCAGGACAUCGCGGUGGAAGUGAUGAAGCAGAGCGACUACAUGGAGGCGGCUCCUCACAGCGCCGCCAUCAACGUGACGGGAUCCAGCAAGGGCUUCAGGUACAGCGUGGCGUUCAACAGCACCACCGUCCACUCCUUACCAAUGACCGUCAACAUCCUCAGCAAUGCUCUACUCAGAGGCCUGAACGGCACCGGCCAGAUCCGAACCCGGACCAAACCCUUUGACUAUCAAAUCCCGGACUCCACGACCUACGUGCUGGUCUUCAUCGAGGCCAUCUUGCUGGGGAUGCUGGCGGCCGGCAUGCCGGCCUACUUCGCAAUGGAGCACACGCGGGACCGAGAGCUGAAGUGCCGCUCGACGUUGCGCGUGUCCGGGCUGCUCCCGUCGGCCUACUGGUGCGGCCAGGCGGCCGUGGACGUGCCCUUCUACUACCUCGUCCUGUCCUGCAUGACCGUCAUCCUCUUCUCCUUCCACACGGGCGACUUGCUCUCCUCUGGAAAGCUGACCGCUGUGGUGGUGUGUACCGUCGGCUUUGCUCCGGCCGUAAUCCUCUUCACGUACGUGUGCUCCUUCGGCUUCGCUCGGGUCCAAAGCAACAAGGACUUCUUUUCUGUCAUCUCCAUGAUGGUGUGUGUGGUUUCGGUCUCGCUGGUUCACCUUCCACUGGUGGGCGGCAACCCGGCAGUGACCGCAGGAGCGUUGCACGACGCCCUGUGCGUCCUCAACCCGCUCUACCCGCUCAUGGGCUGCCUCAAUUGCAUCACCAAGGACACCUUCCGCUCAUCUGCCUAUGAUAUGAACAUCUACCACAGCAACCUGCUCUUCGCCGUUUUUGCUCCUUACCUGCAGUGCAUCGUGCUGACGUUGGCGCUGCGCUGGUUGGAGGGCCGUCGGGGCGGCAGGACCUUCAGGACGGAUCGCUCGUGCAGGAUCGCAUCCAAGGGCAGCCCGAAAGCGGAGCGCAACCCAGAGGACGGCCUGGACGAGGACGAGGAUGAGGACGUUCGGAUGGAGAAGGCUCGUGUUAAGGAGGCGCUCGGCUCCUGCGAGGAGAAGCCGUUGCUGGUUGCCAGUAACCUGAGGAAGAAGUACAAAGGUCGCAAGGAAGGUUUGACCCACAACAAGAGCGGAAAAGUGGCCACCAAGAACAUCUCCUUCUGCGUUCGUAAAGGCGAGGUUCUCGGGCUGCUGGGCCCGAACGGAUCUGGCAAGAGCACCGUCAUGCACAUGCUGUCAGGCGAUAUCGAGCCCACGGCAGGACAGGUGCUGACGGGCGACGACGACAGCGAGUCGGGGUCUGAGCACGUGGGCUACUGCCCCCAGGUCAACCCUCUGUGGCCCCGCAUCACGCUGCAGGAGCACCUGCAAAUCUACGCCACCGUCAAGGGUCUGAAGGGUCCCGACGUCCCCGGGAUCAUUAAGCGUGUGGUGGACGCUCUGGAGCUGAAGGAGCACGUGCACAAGCAAGCCAAGUGUUUGUCCGCCGGACUCAAGAGAAAACUGUGCUUCGCGCUGAGCAUGAUCGGGAACCCGCAGACGGUUUUACUGGACGAGCCGUCGUCUGGGAUGGACCCCAAGUCCAAACAGCGCGUGUGGCGCGCCAUCCGCGCCGCCUUCAGGAGGAGCCGGCGCGGCGCCGUGCUGACCACGCACUACAUGGAGGAGGCGGAGGCCGUUUGCGACCGCGUCGCCAUCCUGGUGUCGGGCCGGCUGAGGUGCUUGGGCUCCAUCCAGCAUUUAAAGGGCAAGUACGGCCGAGGGUACGGCCUGGAGCUGAAACUCGGGGAGGAGCCGACAGAGGUCCAGCAGGGGGCGCUGCUGCACAAGGAGAUCCUCGCCAUCUUCCCGCAUGCCUCCAGACAGGAGAGGUCUUCCUGGAGUUCGCCAAGGAGCAGGAAGGCGAGGACGAUGAGGUGGGCUCGCUCAGCACCACUUUCCAGUGGCGCCGUCUGCGCCACGACCAGUCCGCGGGCGACCGCGGCGACAGCGUCGUGUGUCAGCUGUGACGUCGCUGACACAAAAAACACACACAAAAAACAAGACUUUGUGUGUGUGUGUGUGUGUGCGCGCGCGGGGCGUCAAAUCUUUAGCCCCUUUCACGUUGGCGGCCGCAGCCUUUGUGUCAAAAGCGAUUGUCCCGACGAGACGCCGCAACAGCUGCGUGACUGUCCUGCUUCUCAAAGUCCAUGGCUGAUAAAAUGUCGGCUCUACUGUCACGUCUGCUGCGUCGAUUUUGCAGACCGCAAAAAAGCAAGUGUAAGCUGUCCAGGAUGGAAGCAACAAAGCAGAACAUGUGAACGCCUUCCACGUUGCCAAAGCUACACUUAAGAACGAUUCACCCACUUUGUGUUGAAAGCAAUUGUCACUAUUCCAGGUGCCGCCACAGCAUCAAGACUGCUUCUGGGGGUUCUGCUUGAAAGAUCAAUGCACGCGCUGCCGAUGCGACAAAGAGGCAGCGGGAAAGCGUCUUUUUUGGGUGCCGGCGUUGUGUUUGAGAGCGAUUUUUAAAGGGAAGAGCGAGCCGUCCGGAUGCAAGCACCAAAGCAAGGCGGAUGGAUAAACGCAGGUUGUACACGUACACUAAUUUUGCAAAACAGCGACACAAAUGGAGCUUUUUGUUUUGAACAAUAAGUGCGCCGUCCAGAAUCACCAUCUUAGCCUACUGAUGCGCCAGCGUGAAAGGGGCUUUUGUAUUUGCGUGGUUUUCAUGGGAAGAGUGAGCCGUCCUGGAUGGAGGCACCAAAGCGGCACACGUGAUCACGACGUCGCAUUGUUAGUGAAGCGCCCCGCCCCGCCCCGCCGUCCCUUCAUUUUACACCAGCACGGACGCCGUCCCGGGCCGAGCGGGAGGCGGAAGCUGAGUCGCGUAGCGCACGCUAGCCAGGAAGACGCCUCCGCGUCUCGUGCGGCACUCUUUGGGCCUUCUUUAAUGCCCCCAUCCGGUAUUUACAUUACUAACAGUCCUGAAAUAUUUGUUGUAAUUGAGCAUUUUUCCCUCUGAAAUUGGUUCAUUAAAAUGUAUUUAUUAGUU